CAGUGAACCGCUGUAGUUAAUGCUAAUGCUAAAGCUACGGGCAUGUGCUGCUGAACACACACCAAUGUUAACAUACCGGUAAAUGUCACAUUACUGAAACAUCUCUGCUGCACGAAGCCUGGGUCUGAUGCCGUGUACUACAGGCUGGAAGCAUGCAGCAGAAGGGGAACAUUCAGAUCAUAGAAUGGGAGGACUUGGACAAACGCAAGUUCUACUCCUUUGGAGUAUUCAUGACCAUGGCCAUCCGUGCCACAGUCUACCCCGCCACACUCAUUCGCACCAGGCUGCAGGUUCAGAAGGGAAAAUCGCUCUAUGCUGGGACCUACGAUGCCUUCUUGAAGAUUCUCAGAGCUGAAGGUUUGAGAGGACUUUACAGGGGCUUCAUGGUGAACACGUUUACACUCGUAUCAGGGCAGGCGUACAUCACCACUUACGAGCUGGUGAGGAAGUAUGUCUCCAACUAUUCUAAAGACAAUACGCUGAAGUCGAUAGUGGCCGGAGGGUCGGCGUCAUUAGUAGCCCAGAGCAUUACUGUUCCUAUAGAUGUAAUAUCCCAACAGCUCAUGAUGCAGGGCCAAGGGGAGCAUCUAAGCCGCUUCAAAACAUCCUCAGGAGCACGGCAUCCAUUGUCAUUUGGGCAGUCUAGAGACAUUAUUGCACAGAUAUUUGCUGCAGAUGGCAUUCGUGGGUUCUACCGAGGAUACGUGGCUUCCCUUCUGACAUACAUCCCCAACAGUGCGGUCUGGUGGCCAUUUUACCACUUUUAUGCAGAACAGUUGUCCAAGAUGGCUCCCAGUGACUGUCCUCAUCUAGUUCUGCAAGCUGUUGCUGGACCUCUAGCAGCUGCCACUGCUUCCACCGUGACCAACCCCAUGGACGUUGUCAGGGCAAGAGUUCAGGUGGAAGGCAGAUCAUCAAUCUUUGAAACGUUUAACCAGUUGAUCAGAGAGGAAGGAUUCUGGGGGAUGACCAAAGGACUCUCUGCUCGCAUCAUAUCUUCAACACCAACAGCAAUAGUCAUGGUGGUUGGUUAUGAAACUCUUAAAAAACUCAGCCUACGGCCAGAGCUGGUUGACUCCCGACACUGGUAAAAUGGGGAAAAAUGAAAUGUUCUAAGUCAUCUCCACUAUAACUUUUCCACUCCAUCUUAUUUGUUGUUUUUCCUUUUGAACUCUCUGCCUUUAGAUGAUUUAGUGUGUGUGACACGGCAGAUUUCAUUUAGGGUUUUUAUGGAAAUAGUUUUAGCUUAUUGUAACAUUUCAGCUAGAGCUGUUUGUUAUUAUCUUUUAAUGGAAAAGUGCUGCUCAGGUUUUAAUUCAUUGUAAGAGUCACAUUAAUUGUUCUGAAUAAUUGUUAAGAAGUAUGAGAUCUAACAGAUUGAAUGUUCUAUAAAAAGAGAGUAUUUUGUCACAAAUUUAUUCUAAAUCAUUGUUUAAGUAGUAGUUGAAUGGAUACAGAAUAUUUUUUUGAAUGUGCUUAAUUUAAGGAACUCGUUGUAUCAGGCUGUCCCCACAAUGUCAUUUUGUAAGUAGUAGUGCAAUGGAUAUCAUAAUUUUUAAGGUUUAUGUGCUGUAACUAUCUCCUAAUGUGUACUAUGUUGUCCUUUUGAAUGUGUUUUUUGUGGGAUGUUGUGAUGUUUUAAAUUGCCAAAUUGAAGAGAUAUUUAAGGAAAAUUUGUGUAUCUGUUGUUGAUGUAGGUGAAUAAUGAAAACUUCAAGUUCAGUUAGGUGUGUGUGCCCUUUAGUUUCAAUUUAAGUUUUUAAUGGGAUAGUUCACCCAAAAAUGAAAAUUCUCUCAUAAUUUACUCACCCUCAUGCCAUCCCAGAUGUGGAUGACUUUUUUUCUUCUGCUGAACACAAAAAGAUUUUUAGAAGAAUGUCUCAGCACUGUAGGUCCUGACAAUGCAAGUGAAUAGUAACCAAAACUUUGAGUUGCAAAAAAUAAAUAAAUGCAGCAUAAAAGUUAUCCGUAAAUCUCCAGUGGUGUAAUCCAAAUUAUGGUUUACUUUAUGUGCUUUUUAGUGCUUCAAAGUUUUGGUCACCACUUGCAUUGUUUAAGCUGCAGAGCUGAGAUAUUUUUCUAAAAACCUUUCUUUGUGCUCUGAAGAAGAAAGAGUCAUACACAUCUGGGAUGGCAUGAGGGUGAGUAUAUGAUGAGCAUUUUCAUUCUAUGAACUUUUAUUUAAACAGAACAUAUGAUGAAAUUGUGUGAGUAGUAAUGGUAUUCUAAUCCACAUCCCUUAUAUAUGGUGUCUGUGAAGCUGCUGCAAGGUCUUCAAAGAAAAACAAAAUAGCAGAUGUUUAAUUGGCAAAGCUAUCCGGAAGGAUGCAUCAUUUAGCACUCCUGGAGUAGGUACUUUGUUAUUCUAUCUGUCACCACUAGGGAGCAGACACUGACAAAGUGUUGCCUGGAAUUACUGUGUAAUUUGAAAGCAUCUAGUACACUAAACUGAAAUGGUCUGCUCCAGUCUAGUUUAAUUUAACCACACAUAAUCCAUCCCAGUUUAGUCUGAGGCAUAAAAGGGUUUAUUUUUUACUGAUUUCUUCCUGCAGUUUUAUUUUAUCCUCAGCAGGACUACUUUGGAACCACAAGGCACAUACCAUACAAGACAACAAAUCAGUAGUUUUACCUUGAGAAAAUUAAACUAGUAUAUACAGAAGGUUUCAACAAAUGAAUAGUGACAAAUAUCACUACAGUAAAAAAAUUAGCGCUUACUCCCAAAACAUAUUUGAUUGGAAAAAAAUAAUACACAUUUGAAAUAACAUUUUAGAAAUACUGUAUGUUGGACAUAUGUUGUAUAACUGUUGAGCUAAUAAACAUAUAGUU